AUUCCGACGUCACGUGCACCGGAGGCGGGCGGAGUGAUACCAGCGUGCGCGGAUCGGUGGCUCUCGCAGUGCCGGCUUUGUUGGAUUUUGAGCGCAUCUGGUGCCAGCGCUGCGGCUUCGUGUCGGAUACCUCUGUAGUGCAACGAAAACAACGCUUCGGAAAUGUCUUGGCAGACGUACGUCGACAACCAGAUUUGUGCACAGGUCAACUGCACAGUAGCCGCAAUUGCUGGCCUCAACGAUGGAGCCAUUUGGGCGAAAUAUGAAAAGGACUCCAACUGUUCGAUCACGCAGCAGGAGCUGAAAACCAUCGCUGACACGAUGCGGACCAACCCUAGUGCUUUCAACGAGACCGGCAUCCACCUUGGUGGCCAGAAGUACGUCUGCCUAUGCGCCGAGAACAACCUUGUCCGGGGCCGAAAAGGCAGCUCGGCGUUCAUCGCCGUCGCCACCAACACCUGUCUGCUGGUAGCUGCCACCAUUGAUGGCUUCCCUCCUGGUGUGCUCAACACUGUGGUCGAGAAACUAGGAGACUAUCUGAAGCAAAAUAACUAUUAGUUUUACAAAGCAAAGGAAAGCGCUGUCUGCCACGAAAUUGCUCGUGCCGCCUUCUCCCCCUUGUCGAUCCUGCUGUCGCCGCCAUCUCCGGUUUCCUUCCUGCCCCCUCCCCGAUGGUCGAACCAUGCCAACAUGGCGGCGUCUACCCAAGCAGCCCCACAGGCCCCUGGAACUUCAGUUUUCACCGCCCUAACCUUAAAAAAAAAUUCACUUUCUUCUCUCACGAGCACUGUUAACACGACACGUCCGUGAGUUCUGCCAAGUCCCGCUAUUGUUUCCGUGAAGGGGGGGGGGGGUGCAACAGCAAAGGAGAGGAGACUCCAUCACUUCUUGCCUGCAUUCGUUGGCACAUUUUUAAUUGUGAAUUGUAAUCUUUUUUUUUUAUGCGUUACAAUGUUUUUUCACCUUCUCCUCCUCUUCAGUGUUUUUAGGUGGGUCGGGGAAACAAUUUGUGCGUUGAAUGGCGAUGCUGUUGAAGCCACUGAACACCAUAGUGUUGCGCCAAAUGCACCGGUUGGAAUAAAUUCCAGUGUUGGUGAACUUAUACCCAACUUUUUUUUUUAUGCACACAUGUUGAGAGGUGGACAGGUGCUAUUAAAUUAUUUUGUGCUGUUUCUCUUCGUCCUUGUUUGGUUUUUCUUUUUUUCAUGCUUUUUGCUAACAUGUUCUCUUAAGCGCUAGGGAUUGGUGCUGACAUGGAUGGGAAGCGGGCCAAAAAACAAGGCAUUUUCCUUCCAUAUUGUGCCGGCUGAUGCGCCAGACUUGCUUUCAAACCUAGUGCCAUUUCAACACUUCCCUGUCGCAUGAACACUAUAGCGUUUUCACCCCUUAAAAAAAAAAACAUUCAGUGCCGUGUAUACUGAGAGCCUAGUCAAGGAAGCUGUGUGGUGGGGUUUCAUACAUUUUUAUUGGGGAUGUAUGGAUGAGAACGGACAGUUUCGUGCAUGGUGCGGAGUGAUUGCCCGACUGUUCGUACGACGGGCAGCAGCUUCUGGCAAAUGCUGCUGGGCAAGUGUUUUUUUUUUUUUUCCUUGAAAUUGGAGGCCAGCUUUUUUCCACAUUGCUGUUGCCGGCAUUCAGUGGCAUUUGUAGGCAAUUUGUUCUCGUUCAUGGCUGUGAGCAAAUGUGCCCUCUUGCCUUGUUGGUGUGGGAUGUUUGUAAAGUCGUAGCUCCUUUUCUGAGCGGUAGUGGGUCCGUUCAGAUGGAAUCCAUGGUGCUGGAUAGAAAUGGAGCAAUUGUCUGUAGCUGCUCAAGCCGAUGGCCGCACUCGUUGUUUUCCAGUGACUGCUGGUGGUGCGAGACCUAUCUUGUCUGGCCCGAAUAAUGCAUCUGGAGUAACUGUGCCGAACAAAUUUUUUUAAUCCCACUUCGUUUUUUCGAAAUAAAAAAAAAAAGUGCUGGCACAUUCUCAGUGGCCAGGGAAAGUGUUCUGAAGCCCAAGGAGAGUUAGCGCGGUCGCGACCAUGGCAUGAGGGCUUCGGAAGUUCUUCGACGACUUAACAAUUUUGUUUUAUAUGCGGGAAUAAAGGAAUGAUAGUGACCUUGAA